GCUUCGCUGAAACAGCUGAGUCGUGGGCAACCGCUGCUAUUCGACGGUGAAAAUGAUCGCAUCAGCGAAGAGGAGGUCGGGCCACCGGAAGAAGGCCACGAGGACCUGGAGGACAGCUACCCUGUCUACCGGACUUCCACCAUCUCCGACAGCACAAUGCCUUUCGCAGUAACCACCUCGAGCUCCUCGCUUGACAGCGAGCUAGCCGCCCCAUUCAGCUCUGCUGUCGAGCCGGCCGGCACGUUUGACGAGGCGCACAUGCACACACUGGCGCCAUGGCCGACGGACGGCAACCAUGACGCUGGUGGCGACGGUGAGGAGACCUGCUCGCAGAGGCUCGGCUUCAGCGAGGAGACCAAUUCGUUGAACGCAAACAUGGACACCAACUCGAUCGAAACUGGUGAGACGAAUGAAGAGCUAAAGAUAUCAUAA